AUGCCCAACGAGGCUGCGCCCGUUGUUGCCCUCACCGUAGCGGCCCGUGCCGGGCCACGCUACGAAAACAGCGAAGGCGUGUCGCAUGCGCUCAAGAACUUUGCGUUCCGCUCCACCAACAAGCACUCGGCGCUGCACAUUGUCCGCGAGUCGGAGCUCAACGGUGGCUCCCUCUCUGCAGGUCUCUCCAAGGAGCACGUUUUUCUCACCGUCGAAUUUCUCAAAGGCGCAGAGGACCACUUUGCUGCGCUCCUUGCCGAGGUAACCAACGAUGCCAAGUAUUGCAAGUAUGAGUACGCUGAGGACGUAGUCCCUUCUAUGGCCGAGGACUUGGCCGCUGCGUCGCACAACCCGAUCAUCGCCGGCCUUGAUGCACUCCAUGCGACUGCAUUCCGCAACCGCGGCGUCGGCAACUCGUUGUUCGCCAGCCCGGCCAGCCCUGUCGCGCUCGGUGAUCUGCGCGCGUUUGGUAAGAAGGCAUAUGCGCGUUCCAACAUUGCCGUCGUUGGCUCCGGUCUUAACACCCAGGAGCUUGAGCAUGUCGUCUCGAAGCACUUUGGUAACGUGGCCACUGGCGAGAAACUUACCGACGCGCCGUCCAAGUACUACGGCGGCGUUCACCGCGCCCCUAUCUCCGACAUGCACGGCCAUGCAUUGCGCGACGGCCACUUUUUCCUCGCGUUCGAGGGUGCCGGCCGCGGCAAGGCGCCUGCUCUUGCUGUGCUUGAGACGUUGCUUGGCGGCGGUCCUCCCGCGGUCAAGUGGUCGCAUGGCUCUUCGCCUCUCUCUGGCAUCAACAAGCAGGUUGAGGGUGCGCACGCGUGCGCAUUCAACACUAGUUUUGCGGACAGUGGCCUCUUUGGCCUCCACGUUUGUGGCCCAAACAGCAAAGUGGGCGACGCUGCCGCGCUUGCGACAAAGGCCCUGAAGCAGGUCGCUAGCAGCAACCCUUCUGCGCAGGAGCUCAGUAGGGCGAUUGCGAUUGCCAAGUUUAACACUGCGGCGCAGGUUGAGGGGCCGCGCAUUGCCUCUCACGAGCUUGUCGGUGCUUCCCUGCUCGAUGACAGCGCUGUGGAGCUGGAUGCACAGUUUGCGCUGCUCGAGUCCGUCAAGCCUGCGGAUGUGUGCGCCGCUGCGGAGAAGCUGCUCAAGAGCCAGCCGACCUCUGUCGCACUUGGCAGUGUCCGGGAGCUGCCGUUUGCAGACAGCCUUUUGUAG